AUGAAACGACUCCUGCUCCUCUCAUCUCCAUUUCCUCACUGGCCCAGACGGAGCGGUUUCGCGUUUUGGGCGAGGUGCGAGCCAAGUGGUUCAUGGGGCAUUGCAGAACCUCAGGCUUCUACUUCGGUCGAUUAUUACGAAGAUUGCCCACCGGGCCGGAUCCGGUGCCAAGAUUUGCUGCGAAUGGUGGAAGAAGCUCGGAGCCCGCCAGACCGAAGACGUGGGAAGACUGGGCUUCCAAGGGCUGCUUCUCAAUAUCUUUAUAGAUCAACGCUUCGAGGUUGGAGUACCACCCUGGCCUCCACAGCCAGCACCAGAGACCGCAAGAAGGGCCGGCAGUCCGACAUAGAUUCAAACCAUCUUCUGGACCUUGUACUUGAGCAAGGUGGUCUGUGUGCAUAUUCUGGAGUACCAAUGCAACUGCUGAAGCCGCACUCACACUGGAGGGCUUCCAUCGAAAGGAUCGACAACGGGCAAGGCUAUGUUAAAGGAAACUGCUGUCUGAUUGCAGCUGAGUUCAACUCAGCAGUGCACAAGAUGUGCAGCAAAGGGGGGUUUUCUGGAUCUGCGCAGUGGUCCAAGCAGAAGGUGCAGGAGGUGGCCCGCGUCCGGACAGAGCACGUGCAGUUGCAACAGCUGUCGGAGGAUAUCGCUGUCGCCAGGCUGCGCCCUUCUCCGUGUCGGACAACUGGACGCAGGUUAUUCCGAGGACCGGAUGCAGAGGGAAGGUGGCAGUGCCGACGUUGUUGCAUUUGGAAGUGGCAGUCACAGUACUCAAAUCGCAAGGCAAGCAGUACUGGGCUGCGAAACACUUGCAAGCAAUGUGCUUCUGAUAUGGAAUCAGCCUGGCUGCAGACACUUCGCGGACAUGGGAUGAGGCUGCUGACUACCGGACGCCAGAGAGCCGGAAUGGGCACGUGGACUGGAAGUUUCGCGCUGGUUUUGGACGACCUGCUGGAAAUGCUCUGGCUCCAAGGUGGGCGCUGCUACUACUCAGGUGUACCGUUGCAUUGUGCAGCGGGCCCUGCCGAUUGGGUUUGGUCCAUCGAGCGCCUCGACAAUUCCGUGACAUAUACCAAGGAGAACUGUGUGUUGAUCGCCCGAGAGUUUCAGACUUCGGACCAGAGUCGUAACAAAGCCAGGCAUCCAGUGUUCGGCACUGCCCAGUGGUCUCGCCGCAAGGUCAGUCACAUUUGGGGACCAUGUUCCUGGGAAGUAGACUUGUGGAAUCCCUGUGUUCCCUGCGGUAACAGCCAGUAG